AGAUUACUUUAGAGAGUUGAUUUGCAGGAAUCUUUUAUAACCAGAUUCUAAAUACGAAAAUGAGGUUUGGUGCACAAUGCACGAUCUCCUGCGUUCUCUUGCUCUGUUUUUGAUAGGAGAUGAGAGUACUUUUGUUGGCAAUGGAAAAACAUGCACCACGAAUCCUUUGACCAAGCUUCGUCGCUUAUCAAUUUCAAAUGUGGGAGAGAAGCUAGAAAUCCCUGAUGCAGUGAAGAAGCAGAAAUGCUUGAGGACUCUAAUUGUCUGGAACAGUCCCAGGACAAAGAUGGUAGAGCAUGAACUCGGAAGACUCGGGCAGCUACGAGUUUUGGACUUGAACGAUGCGGGACUGGAGAGCCUUCCAGACUCCGUAGGAAAUCUAUUACAUCUAAGGUACUUGGAUCUUGAUCGAACAAAUAUCAAAAAGUUACCAGAGUCUAUCGGACGCCUUCAAAAUUUGCAGACGUUGAAUCUCUCAGGCUGUAAAUCUUUGCACACGCUUCCCAAGGCCAUCACAAGUUUGUGCAAACUAAGACGCCUUGGCCUGGAUGGAACUCCAUUAAGCCAUCUCCCAAGAGGAAUAGGCAAACUAGGAGAUCUCAACGAUCUUCGAGGAUUUGUGGUUGGUGAUGAUGGAGGCGAGCAAGAUCAAGGGUGCGAUUUGGAGGAGCUGCAAUCUCUGUCCCAGCUGAGAGUGUUGCGCAUAUAUAGGUUAGAGAGGUCACGAAAAGGAGCUUCAGCGCUUGCAAACAUCUGCUUUCUUAGAAUGUUAUCUUUGACGUGGGUGUCACCCGAAGCUGAGAACAAUCAGCCACGAUGUGGACAGGACGCAAUUCAAAAUGCGAACAAGAUAUGCAACGACCUCUCUCCUCCAUCCAGCAUAGAAAAUCUUCAGGUCUACAACUUCUUUGGAAGUGGGUUUCCCGGCUGGUUGAUGUCAUCCUCAUUGGAUGCCUCCUUUCCUCACCUGCGGUACUUGCACCUUGUUAACUGUAAAUCAUGUCCCCAACUUCCUCCACUAGGCCUAUUGCGCCAGCUAAUAUUCCUUCGAAUUUCAGGAGCAGACGCAAUCAUAACGAUCGGACCCGAGCUUUUUGGUCACCAUGCCUCAGCAAUAACUGCAUUUCCUAGGCUUGAAUGGCUGCAAUUCUGGCACAUGCGCAACUGGAAAGAAUGGUCAUUAGGUGUGGUGGGAGACGUUGGCGAUGAAAUAAGAGGAGCCCCUAAGCUGCUGCCGCAUCUCGAGUACCUAUAUCUACAUAACUGUCCCGAGCUAAUAGCUCUUCCGGAAGGUCUGAGUCAUUUCACCAACUUGCAGCGCUUGAGAAUUGUGGGCGCCCACAACCUGAGAGAAAUCAAGAACCUCCCCUCAGUAACUGAUAUGCUCCACAUCGAGAGAAACCUGAGGUUGGAAAGAGUAUCCAACUUUCCCUCGCUGAAAUCUUUGCAAAUACUGAAUUGUCCGAGAUUACAGAUCGUGGAGAAUCUUGAUAAGUUGCAAUUCCUGGGCCUGACACGUCCUUCUGCAGUACAGGGGACCUCAGAGAUACCCUCGCUGGAGUGCCUCCUAGACGUUUCCAAUAAUUUUGAUCAACAAACAGAGCAACUCCCACAGUGGUUAUUGGACCUACUCGGGCAGCAUCAAAAUGCUUCGACUGCAGUGCAGAAUCUCAAAAAAUUUAGACUGAAAUGCAGCUCACCACUGUUUGAGAGCUUCCUUAAGGAUGCACCAAACUGGCCCAUCAUUCAGUGCAUCCCUGAGGUCUGGAUCGAAGACGUAGAUGGUCCCUCAUGGAUACGGUAUACCAAGGGACCCCCUUCCACCUUUCAAACCAACGUGCAACCACAAGAGUUUGCAAGUGACCUCUCUUGAGCAAGAGAAUUUCGUGCAGAUUUAGCAGUUGGGAUGGACGUGCUCGGUGUUUUUCCCUUUUUUUUUUCCUCAUGUAAACUUUUUAUUGGACUUGGAUUUCUGCUCUGUAAUUUCUGUUUCCUAGUGUUUUGAUGGUUUUAUAUCAUUAUCCUGAAUGUAACCUUAAGAAAUCAUAUGCAAUAAAUCAUGAUUUCACUCA